ACAAAUUAUUCGUAUGAUUAUUUUAUAAUGCUCCCAUUUGUUUGCUAUUGAACACUUUGGGACUCCGUAUACAACCAACCAGCGAACACAGACAACCGACCAAUCAGGUGAGAGCCCUACGUGUGGCAGUUGGUGCCGAACAUGCGCAGUGGUCUUUUGUUUUUGGCAGUAGCAACAAGAUAUUGAAGCGAUCCAGCCGGUCUCGCCCCUCCGCUUUCAGUAGAAUAUCAUCCUCGUCAGGUCCUGUGCCAGAGAGGAUGGUCCAGCGGAAAAACAGCCGGGGAUGCAAAUGACACUGUUGACAUGAUGGCGUUCGGUUUACGCAAGUUUCUGAAUGUACGGCUAAUGAGCAAGUGAAACGACCGUGAAAACACUGAACCAUGGUGCUCUAAGUUGUGACCUGUGGUGAACAGGGGAGGAGGAAGAGGAGGAGGAAGAGGAGGAGGACGGAGGCGUAGGCAGGCAGACGGGCAUCUGCCACAGCUCCCUUUAGGCAGCUUUUUUUAAAAGCUCAAAGCCAUGGGCAACACAGCCACCAAGUUCCGCAAAGCCCUGGUGAGUGGCGACGAGGCCCUGGCGUGGCAGCUCUAUGAGGGCAACCCUCAGUUCAGGGAUGGCCUGGACCCGAACGCAUCAUAUGGAGAGCAGUACCAGCACAACACAGCCCUGCACUAUGUCUGCCGCCAUGCCAUGACACGUCUGCUCAGGUCCUUCCUGUUCAGCAAAGAGGGGAACCCCAACAAGCGUAAUGUGCACAAUGAGACGUGCCUCCAUGUGCUGUGCCAAGGCCCGCAGAUCUUGCUGCUGCCAGAGGGAGCGCUGUCACCACGACUGGCCCGACCACAGAGGGAUGAGCUACGCCGUGCGGACUGCCUGCAGAUGAUCCUGAGCUGGACCGGGGCCAGGCUGGAGGGAGGCCAGUACGAAAAGGCUAAUGUCAAUGCCACCGACAACCACCACAGCACCUGUCUGCACUACGCUGCUGCUGCAGGCAUGAAGAGCUGUGUGGAGCUGCUAAUACAGAGCGAAGCGGACCUUUUUGUGGAGGAUGAGGAGAAGUUGACCCCAUGUGACCAUGCCGAGCGGCAUCACCACACUGAGCUGGCCCUCAACCUGGAAUCACAGAUGGUUUUUUCCUCCUCUUCCACUCAGCAGUCAAACACAGAUGCACACGGUCAAACCAACCUGUUGCAAUUUUUUCCUCCUCUCUGCUCCUCUACCUUUCUGGGGUUUUUUUAUAAUCUCUCCCUCCUAUUCCUUCAAGUCUUUAUGUAUUUUCCUAACAUUUUCCCCACUCGAUCCUUUCAGCCAUAUGAGGGACUGAAGCUUCAGGACCUGCGCAGACUGAAGGACAUGCUGAUUGUAGAGACAGCAGACAUGCUGCAAGCCCCCCUCUUCACUGCUGAGGCCCUGCUUCGAGCACAUGACUGGGACAGAGAAAAGCUUCUUGAGGCCUGGAUGUCGAAUGCUGAGGGCUGCUGUCAGCGCUCAGGCGUGGCCAUGCCUACCCCACCACCCAGUGGCUACAACGCGUGGGACACCCUACCCUCACCUCGUACCCCCAGGACCCCGCGUUCACCCCUCACACUCACCCUCACCUCCCCCACCGACAGCUGCCUCACACCUGGAGAAGAGGACCUGGCUAUGUGUGGAAUCUGUUUCUGCUCCAUCUCUGUCUUUGAGGAUCCGGUGGACAUGUCAUGUGGCCAUGAGUUCUGCAGAGCCUGCUGGGAGGGGUUCCUAAAUGUUAAGAUUCAGGAGGGUGAUGCACACAAUAUCUUCUGCCCGGCGUAUGAGUGCUACCAGUUGGUGCCGGUACAUGUGAUAGAGGGUGUGGUUUCCAGAGAGAUGGACCAGCGGUACCUACAGUUUGACAUCAAGGCAUUUGUGGAGAACAAUCCUGCCAUCCGCUGGUGUCCUGCAGCACGUUGUGAACGGGCAGUGAGGCUAACCCGACCAGGUCCUGGAGAGAGUGAUUCACACAGCUUCCCCCUGCUGCCCUCACCAGCUGUUGAUUGCGGCAAGGGUCACCUCUUCUGCUGGGAGUGCCUUGGCGAGGCCCACGAGCCAUGUGAUUGUCAGAUGUGGAGGAACUGGCUCCAGAAAGUCACAGAGAUGAAGCCUGAGGAGUUGGCAGGUGUGAGUGAGGCCUACGAGGAUGCUGCUAACUGCCUGUGGCUGUUGACCAACUCCAAACCAUGUGCCAACUGCAAAUCACCCAUUCAGAAGAAUGAGGGCUGCAACCAUAUGCAGUGUGCCAAGUGUAAGUAUGAUUUCUGUUGGAUCUGUCUAGAGGAGUGGAAGAAGCAUAGCUCCUCUACAGGAGGCUACUACCGCUGUACUCGCUAUGAAGUUAUCCAACAAUUAGAGGAACAGUCCAAGGAAAUGACUGUAGAGGCAGAAAAGAAGCACAAAAGCUUUCAGGAGCUGGACCGUUUCAUGCACUAUUAUACUCGCUUCAAGAAUCAUGAACACAGUUAUAAGUUGGAGGAGAAGCUGCUGAAAACAGCUAAAGAGAAGAUGGAGCAGCUGAGCAGGGCCUUCACUGGCCGUGAAGGCUCCCCUCCAGACACGCGGUUCAUUGAGGAUGGUGUGUGUGAGCUGCUGAAGACGCGGCGCGUGCUGAAGUGCUCUUACCCAUAUGGCUUCUUCCUGCAGCAAGGCAGCACCCAGAAAGAGAUAUUUGAGCUCAUGCAGACCGACCUGGAGAUGGUAGUGGAGGAUCUGGCGCAGAAGGUCAACCGGCCGUACCUGAGGACGCCAUGCCAUAAGAUCAUCAGCGCAGCCCGUCUGGUGCAGCAGAAGAGGCAGGAGUUCCUUGCAUCAGUGGCCCGUGGUGUGGCUCCCAAUGACUCUCCUGAGCCUCACCGCAGGAACUACCCUGGAGGAUCAUGGGACUGGGAGUACCUUGGCCUUGCCUCCCCUGAGAUGGGGAGUCGUCAUUCUGUUCUUGGAGCUGCAGAUCAAAGAGAAAGACGGUCACAGCAGGAUUAUGCGGACAUCCAGUACCGUCGUAGACACAGGCCACGGCGCAGAGGAGACAUGCUGAGUCUGCACAACCUGAGAAGCAGCAGCAACACACCAGAGACCAGCCGGAGGAGCGACAACCCAGAUGGUUCAGAAAGGAGUGAUGGUCAUAGAAGAGCGCUGGGCUCGCUGGAUGAAGAUGACCCAAACGUCCUUCUGGCCAUCCAGCUGUCGCUUCAGGAAUCCCGCAGAGAGCGGGGCCUGGAGAGAGGGAUGGAGGGGAGAGCAGAGCUGGAGCGUGGAAUGGACCGAGGACAGGAGAGGAGGCCGGGCCUUGCAGGAGACCUGGGUGAUGUUCCCUUACACUCCCUCAACACAGAUGGUUCUCCAGGAGCCAGAGGCUCCUCUUUCCCCAUUUCUCUUCUGGAUCCUCCUCACCCCCCUAACAGGACAGACUCCACCUCCCAGCCUCCCACAUCUCACACUGUUCCCCUCCCUCCCCCACCUCCAUCCCUCAGUGCGGAACUGCUGGAGCUUGGUGACAGCCUUAUGAAACUGGGGAACAUAACCACUCCUUAUGACCUGGACCCCCACACACAAGAGAAGCUCUGCUCACGCCACACAUACAACCACAGUACUCUCACUGCUUCUUACACCACCGACCCUGCUUACAGCGACUGCAGCCAUAGACAAGACCAGAGUGCACUGACAAAUCCAUAUGUACUUGAUCACACCAUCACAGACCCUCGCUAUGACUCCAAAAAGCAGAGUUACUGCUGGUCCAGUGGUUAUUUGGCUGAGGCUGAACACACUGCCUCAUCUGCACUUGAACAAACCCAAAACCCCACCCAUCCUAGUUCAUAUAAUCAGGAAUAUGCAGCCACAUAUGAGAGCACUCCAAAACCAGACAGCUCUUACAACACUUGCUCAGAACGUGAUCACGCUUAUACUCAUGAGCGUUCUGGCAACUGUGCUCUUGAACGCCCAGCAAAAUCAGAACCCCAGCCCCCUGCCCAGUUGUGCCUCCCAUCUCCAGAGCUCGAGCCGGAUAUUUUGCUUUCACCGGUCAUCCCCCCGGGGGGGCCCUUCACCCCCAGUGAUCCUCAGAGCCUGGAGGCCCUGGACCCCACAGCCAGUGCCCAGCUGCUGGACAACAUCAUGGCCUGGUUUAAUAACAACAUUAACCCCCAGAACAACCCCCAGAGCCUGGCCCUCAUUCCCUCCCCGCCUACCACAGAAACUGACUCCUCCCCUGACACACAUACUGAGACUGAGUCAGAGAGCCAGACCUCCAGGGGCAUGACCCCUGCCCUGCUCUGGCAGCCCCUGGAGGGCAAGCCAGUAGCGGACACAGGAUCGACAAGCCCCCAUCUAGGUUUGGAGGGCCUGAAAAUGACAAGGCCCAGUACUCUGGAGCUGGAAAACAGAGAGGCUGGUGAGGAGGGUGAAAACCCAGGGUGUGUGGCUGACAUCUCGCUGGACGAAGCACACACACACUCUUGCUCACUCUCCCACCGUGGAAACAGUCCCGCACACACUGCCCCGACCCCAGAGACAGACGUAGACCAUGACCUUCAGUUAGAGAGGGACCAAUCACCUGAGGAGUGGGAGGAACAAGUACACCUGGUGUGAUAGAGCAGAGGAAAAAGUUGUGCUAAAAUUGAAAAAGGAAACAAAUUUAAGGACUGGGAACGUAGAGUGAAAUACUGAUUGGAAAAUAUAUAAGAUAGAAUGCCACAGUGAAAAAUGUAGGUCGACGGGGUUGAGUGUUUGCUGUGUGUAUUGAGCCCUGUGUAGAGAGAACAUAAAGCCCUGUAGACUUUGUGCAGUAAAGAUGUCACACACAAUUAGAUUUUUUUUUUUUUGCGUUGUUGUCUGUGAAAACAGACAAAUGCUUCUUUGAAAAGAAAGGAGUGUUAUAACAGCACAUCAGUGGAGCUACUGAUAUCAUAACACGUAAAAUGCUGCUCAUGUAUUCUUACUUUAUUUAUUUCCUGCUUCCUCUAUUUGUCUUCAGUUUGUUCAGGGUGAUGUUUCAGUGCUGAUCAUGCUGAAAUCCAAACUUGGCUUGUAUACCCACACUUCAGUUACACAUUCACGCAGCCACAAUCCUGCUCAGAGCUCUGAGAGCCAAAUCUAAUGAAAACUGUAACCUCAGAGCUCGUCCAGCGUACUGUACAAUCAGAGGGCCUAAUUCUGAUUUUUGCACAUUCAUGCACACUGUGCCUGCUUUGUCAGAGAACCAACACUACUGGUGUUUCCUUUUUGGGUGGCUUCUCAGUAAACAUAGUGACUGGCCUGGAUUUUAUGCCGGUAAUGAUUCUGUCCAGUGAUCAAAAUGAGAAAUAGUUUUGCCCCCACUGCACAGGGAGGGUCAGUUUCAGCUGCAGUGCCCUGAAGUCGGUACUAAGUCAGUGUCUGCUCAAAGGCACUUCUGCAUUAUUGGUGCUUGUUUUCAGGGGGAAUUGAACAAACUAGGUUUCCUGCUCACUGCACCGCGCUGUUACCCAUUCCCAUCAUUUUUCUGCCUUUUUUCCUCCAUUAGGUCUUAUCAACAAUGCAGUAUUUUACAGUUGCUUUGGCUCAGUUUUCAUCUGUGUCACAAAAUGCUAUGCUCCUAAUUUUGGCUUCAAGUUCUCACAUAACCCACAACAUGAAAACAUCUCUGUCAAAUUAGGUAAUACAUCAUAAAAUAUAUUAAUCAAAGCAUCACUAUAUAUUCAUAACAUUUCUAUCUGGGUUGUAGUGUUGCUUUUAUAAUGUUCUGCAAAUAAUAUUGUUUAACAAUUAUUUGAUAAUGCCACGGCCAUUUCCUCAAUAUGGUAUGGGAGUUAUAGUGACAAAAAUGUGUAAGUAUGCAGAAGUCAGAAUUUGAAAUCACACAAAAUAAGGAGAAGUGAUUGCAGACGUGGAUUCAGUGAUCUGUUCACCUGGCACUGAAACCAUUGCUGUCAUGAGGUGUGUGGGAACAUGGUUUAGUCUCUUUCACUUUGUUGUAAGAAAAUGUAUUCAGUCAUUUUGUCUUUCUGCACAUACAGUAGAAUCUGAGCCACAGCAGCUAUAAAAAAAGUUUUAAAAAAAAGUCUAAGAUUUUACAGGUGAAGAUGCUUUUAUCAUAUCUGUUCCACUACUGAUGGCUAGUGUGCUAUUGAUAGAUGUGAAAUGGGUUGGAGUUUUACUGUAACUUAUUCUUUUUUUUAUUCCUUUAUUCUUUGUUAUAGGGAAGAAAGUUCUUUCAGUUGAGACCACAGAUGUUGGGUCGGGGGGCCAUAUUUGUUUGUUUGUUUGUAUUUAUUAUUGUCAUUGCUUUUUAAACAUGCUAAACAGAGUCACUAAUGAAAGUUAAUGGAGAACACAGCUGUUUGGCUGUUGCCAUAAUACACUUGGGUUCUUAAUGCACAGUUGUUGUUUUUUGUUUUUUUUUUUUUUUUUUUUUUUUUGG